AUCCAUGAUGAUGAUGUUGGAAAGGAUGUUCUCCGAGGCAGUGAAAAGACUUCUUGAUCGAGGUGCAAAUGCCUCUGUUUUAAAGUGGAAUAUAAUAUUGUUAUAUUAUGCAAUAAUAGCAUAUUUCUCUCAUUUCUGUCCUAACAUAUGUACAGAAUGUGCAAAUAUGUGAGGUUUUCUUCCCCAUUGUGUGUGUUUUCUGUGCAUAACUUUUUGUGGUUUAAUUUUGAGCUGCUCACACACACUUACACUGAAAAAUGAAACGGUUGCGGUUUAGUGUGUGUAUCUGAUUAAAAGUGAGAUUCUAGAUGUCCUCACCUUAACCAGGCUGCAGUUUCGUUUCUCUUUCUUUUUUCCUCUGUUAUUCACUUGCUUGCUUCUUUCUCACACACACACACAUACAUAUAAAGGAUGUAUGGCACCUGAUUUGAAGACCAGAAGGUUCUGCCAGGUAACAAUCAUUGCACUGACGAUCAUUUCAGAGGUGUUGUUGAGGUGACAUCUGGCUGCAGGGUGCUGAUUCGGAGCGGCUGGUAAUGACUGCGAGAUCAAAGCGCUGAGUUUAACGGCACAGAGACGCCGUCACAUCACUGACAGAGAGGAGGCGGCUUUUGUGUCUGAAUCAGCAGAGAUUUGCAGAUGAGGUGCCACUGUUGUCUUUCCAAGUGAAGCCGAGAUGCUGUUGAGAGAUUGAAGUCUGAAGUUGGACCUAAAGCCAAGACGAGUUUCAUUUGGAUCGAAAGUAAUGGAGGCUUGGUUUGGGCGAGGCUAAGGUGACUCUCCUCAUCUCUCCUCCUUUACACGCUCUUGCCCUCCUCUCAUUAAUUCGAGAGGAGGGGUACAUUACCUCCUGUAUCGCCCUUGACAGGAAACAGUGGUUAUUCUCAAACAUAAAGAGGGAAAUACUCCGAUUUUACCGAGUGAUCAACUGCUGAUGAAGUCCUGCCAGACACUGAAGGAGGAGGUGUCCGGCCCGGAGAUGAUGUCUCAAGAGGAGGGGCAAAUGACUCAACCCUCCCAAACAUACUUCCACAACACCUCACAGUCACAGAUGCCCUCUGACCUAAACCCCCAUCCUGCCCCGACUCAACCGUUCUACCAGGAAGGGUCCGGAGCAGCUGCGACGAAGAGUGGAAACUGUGGGACGUCUGAGGAUUCUGAAGCUGAAGAGGGAGCAGGGGCGGAGGACGAAUUCAAACGAGGACAGAUCAUUGUAGAGGUCAACCUCAAUAACCAGACCCUGCACGUGUCCAAAGGAGACGACGCAGCAAAUGCAAACACCGUGGGAGACGACAAGAGCAAUAGUGAGGAAGAGGAGGUAGAAGAGGAGGAGGAGGAGGAGGAAGAAGAGGAGGACGAUGACGACAGUGUUGAAGAUGACUACAGUGCUGAGGAGGAUCUGGAUGAGGAGGAUCAAGAUGAUGAGGAAGAGGAAAACGACAGUCGGCGAACAAGAGCGCAGCGGGCGCACAGGAGUCGAGCCGCAGCUCCGCCACAGCGAAAGAGUCGCCGCGUAGCCACUUCAUCAACUGGGAGCGGAACCACUGGGACGACCGGCGUUACGACCAGGGGGCGGAGGAAGAAUGCUGAGGGCCCGCCCCAAAAGCGUAGACCUGCCAAGGAGCCCAAAAGCUCCGCCUCCUCCACCUCAGGAGCGACAGUCGCGGGAGGAGGAGGAGGGGCCAAGGGAGAGGGUGAGGAGAAAGAGACGCUAGCGUGUGAAAAAUGUCCACGUGUGUUCAACACCCGCUGGUACCUGGAGAAGCACAUGAACGUGACGCACAGACGCAUGCAGAUCUGCGACAAGUGCGGGAAGAAGUUCGUGCUGGAGAGUGAACUGGCUCUUCACCAGCAGACAGACUGCGAGAAGAACAUCCAGUGUGUGUCAUGCAGUAAGUCCUUUAAAAAACUGUGGUCCCUCCACGAGCAUAUUAAGAUUGUCCAUGGCUUUGCCGAGAAGAAGUUUGCCUGCGAUAUUUGUGAGAAGAAAUUCUACACCAUGGCUCAUGUCCGUAAGCACAUGGUCGCUCACACAAAGGACAUGCCGUUUACCUGUGAAACCUGUGGCAAGUCUUUUAAGCGCAGCAUGUCACUGAAAGUGCAUUCACUGCAGCAUUCGGGAGAGAAGCCCUUCCGUUGUGAGAACUGCGACGAGAGGUUCCAGUACAAAUACCAGCUGCGGUCUCACAUGAGCAUCCAUAUAGGACACAAGCAGUUUAUGUGCCAGUGGUGUGGCAAAGACUUCAACAUGAAACAGUAUUUCGACGAGCACAUGAAGACACACACAGGUGAGAAGCCGUUCAUCUGUGAGAUCUGUGGGAAGAGUUUUACCAGUCGGCCCAACAUGAAGCGGCACCGGCGCACGCACACGGGGGAGAAGCCAUACCCUUGCGAAAUCUGCGGCCAGCGUUUCCGCUUUUCCAACAUGCUCAAGGCGCACCGAGAGAAAUGCUUCCGGGUCACCAGCCCGGUCACCCUUCAGCCUGCCAGCAUGGCACUUCCCAUUCACCUUACCGGCCACACCCCUUCUUCAAGCCACACCCUUAGCCCAACCCAGCCCACUCAGUCGACGCCUGUGGGCCCCGUAAUGAUCAGUCCUGCCACGGCCGGGCCCCUGCCACAACGGGUGGUCACCGCCCAUGGCUUCUCUCAUUUGCACAUGCAGACGGUGCCCGUGCAACAUCACCCCGCACACACUCACACUCCUGUCCAUCACACAGGACACGCCCCCAUGACGAGCCACGCCCCUCAGCAGAUCUCAGUGCAGUCUUCUGUCCUGCCCCCUCCCCCCGCCCUGUUCAAGAGCGAGCCAAUAAACCACUGCGCGCACGAGGACUCGUACCUGCGACAGGGCGCCGCUCCGCAACACCACUGAAACACAGUGUCUCGUACACAAACUCACUAAUGUGAAAUCAGCAGACGGAUGGACAACAUGCAUCUAAUUCUCACAGGAAUCAGAAAGCUGGAACUCAGUCAAAUGCAAUGAAAUGUGUGUGUGUGUGUGUGUGUGUGUGUGUGUGUGUGUGUGUGUGUGUGUGUGUGUGUGUGUGUCUGAGAUACAGAACUGAUACUACAAAGCAACUUGCCACUAGCACUCGUGACCAAACUGGACUGAUCUCUGUGAACUGAUCUCUAUAACACAAGCGCAAACUUCCUAAAGCAUUACUCUGAUUCACUUCACCUCGCUACAAACUCCUUCAUAACGAUCAAAACAAUGGGCCGCUGUGAUUUCAGUGGCCAAAAACGUGGAUCUCUCUCUCUCUCUCUCUAACUCUUUAUCAACUCAGCUGCUGUUGCAAAGGUUCUACGGGUUCAAGCGUUCACAGGUUAAAGGUCUAGAUUUCAAAAUAUUGCAGUGUAACCUCUUUAGAAAUGCAGGUCUUCCAGACAAAGGAAAAUGUUCCUGUUCUACAUAACAAAUCAAAUACAAGUCAUUACACAAAAAAUAGCCUACAGCACUUAGUAGUCUGAAUGACUGAAACGUAUCUGUUGCCUGAUUGUGGUUGUCAGCGAUUUUAUUCAGAUAUUGUAGUUUUCUCUCUUUUCUCUUUCGUUUUUUUUUUUUUUUCAUCAAAUAAAAUACAAAUAUGCUUACUGGGUAAUGCCUGUAGCUCUCCGGCUCAUUCUGUCGGAGAUCGAGACUGUUAAGGAAGACCAAUGCUGUGAUUGUGUCAUAGGAAGACUGCAACUAAAGGCGAAUUUAUUAGUUUUACUGUAUGUUCUAUACAACCUAACUCACUUACCGAUAUUUUUAUUUGUAUAAAGUAGAUGCUCUGUGAGACUUUUUAAAAAGAAAAUCGGAUUUCUAUGUUGAAUUGAGAUGCGUGCUUGUGAGAGUCUGUAUGUUGGGUUAGAAAAUGCAGAAAGAGUUUGUUUUUAAUCAUAUAUUCAACCGAAUGUAGGAGCGGAGUGUGUGUGUGUCUCUGAAUGAUCUUUUGUCUGUGGUGAUGGUAUCAAAAGCUGCUUUUUAGUUGCUCUCUGUCUUUUCCUGGUACAUGAUUCUUUAUCAUGCCGAUGAUUAGUGUGAGUGAGUGUUAGAUAGUGACAUUAGGAGCAGCACAGAUAAAGUGAAAGACUUGAGUCAAUCAGACUCGGCUGACUGAUUGAUUGUCAAAUAUUUUUGUUCUGGCUCAUUAUACAAAGGCAUCUGUCCUCUGCACUUUACUGCCAAGUAAGAGGUUUGCGCAACUGACAAAGAAUUGUUAUGUGUCUGACAUGUGAAAGAUGGCUGGCUGUUGGAAAAUGGGGAGAAUCACAAGGGGAUUUGGUCAGGAUUCUUUGUUUUACGUCAGAGAACUGCAGUUUGUGCCAUAAGAAGUUGUGUUUUGCCUUCAUGCCCCUCCCUUUUCACCUCUUAUUAGUUCAGGUGGCUGUCAAUCAUAUGCUUUUUUUAUUCUUUAACUCAUUGUGUUUUGUGCUACUUGUCUGAUUCUCUCCAUUCUCCAUCAGUUGAUGGAAUGCACUUUCUAAUAAAACCUUGCUAGAUAAGAAAAAUAAGCAGACCAUAAUAAUGUUUAUUCUUGUGAGCUGUUUUUACUCCAAUCUCUUCUCAGCUAGUAUGUUUCAACUUCUCUACCCUCUGGACUUCAGCAGUGUUUUAUUGUUAGCGUUGUGUCUGGUACAGAAACAUCUGACCUUCGUUGAGAUCUGUUUUGUAUUGCUUUCCUGUUUUUGACACACCAUGACCGACUUGCAUUAAUGUUGGGCCUUUUUUAUAUUGUUCAUUUAACACUUUCUGCUAACUUUAAAGAAGUAAAAUUGAAUUAGCCACGAGCACAACUCGCUUGUCUGAAUUUGUGUAUGAGUGCAUUGUAAUCGUGUUUGGGCGAGACUAAAAGCAGUACGGGAAGUGGGGCAUUUUUAAUGACUAGAAAGGGCCUGUUUUGUGAGUAUGACCUCAAUCUCUUUAUACCUUUGUCCUUGUUUUGUAAAGAUUAGAUAAAGUUAUAUGCAAGUGUA